GUAUGGGUGAAGGGAGAGAAAUGUGUGCAGAAAAGGGUUUUCCUUAACACCAACACACUGACAGUCCGUUUGACAGGUGCAGAACAACGCUACGCAAGCCCUGACCUUGAACGUAGCGUCACCAUGGUGAUGGUUGUUAUGCCCGAAACGUAAACAAAUCGCUUACUUCGUGACGACCUGCCAACGAGAAAGGCGCUUUAUUGAGAUUAGGAGGUUUAGAAGCGGUUUUCCUGUAUGAAAACAGUAGAAAUUACAGUUUGAAACACUCGAAAGUGAACGCAAAACACUGAGAAUGACGCUAUAUUUCGAUACGAAGGUGCAGUUUCUUGACAGUGAGGCGAUAAGCACCGUCAGCUCAUGGCAUCCGGUGGAACCGAUAUUCGCCGUUGCUUCGUACAGCAAUGAACGGGGUGGCUCCGUAACGAUAUUCGACGAUACGGGUAUUCCGCUACGGGAUGUCUCAUUCCCGGUACAUGCCACUUCCCAGGCGACCGUGUUGACGUGGCAUCCGGAGCGAAAGAUUCUGCUAACCGGGUGGGAAAACGGAGAAAUACAUGCGUGGUUCGAGGGGAAGCGUGACUUUGCCACGAUCAAUGGUCCGCACAAGUCACCGAUCAUGUUGCUGGAGUUUAGUGAGAAGGGUGGCCGCGUCAUUACGGCUGAUGCGAUGGGUGUACUGACGGGGUGGCGCUUUGAUGGUCAGUCACAGUUUCUUACUAUGUUUAAUCACGAUCUGCGGGAUCCGUUGCUGCAUAUAACGUUUCGCAAAUCGAUCCAAAGCGCUAGCAGCAGGGAGUUGACGAAUCUGGCGCGGGCAGCAGUUGCUGGUGAUGAGGCGGCACUCGAUCAGUUGACUAGUUGGCGACCGAGAACGGCGGUCCGGAAUCUUGCCCAUGCCAGUGUACAUGACAACUACUGCUUUUACGCGUGCACUCAGGCGGGUAUACUGUACUACAUCAAUCAGACGGGCACGUGCACGGAAAUAGUGCGUGGAGACAGUAUCCCGAUCAUGCAGAUAUUAUGGCAUCCGAAGCAAGACUCGAUCGUGAUACUGAUGGAGGAUAUUACGAUCGGGCAUUACGAGGUGGACACCAACGGACAGAUCAGUGAGCUCGAUCGGGUGAAGCUGUCGGGCAAGGUGUCCGGUUCGAAGAGUGCGAUCACGUGGGUUGCCGGGUGUGCGCUCGCUAUCCUCACAGGUGAUCUGUCCGUGCGCAUCUGGGACAUUGAGACGAACGAUAACUACGUGCUGUCGAUGGAGCUGACGGCUGGGUCGGAGCGGGUGUCAACCGCCGACCGGUUACCGGUGAGUGCCGCCGCACUGGAAGUGUUCACCUGCGUCGCCUACUGUCCGGACACGCAAACGCUCAGUGCCGGUACGAGCCAGGGCAAUCUUUAUACCUGGCGCCGUGCGGCGGGCCUGUACGGACGUUCGUACACCAGCACAGAAAAUCAAUGGCAGCUAACGAAUGUGACACCGGUGCGGGGAACCAUCAAGAGCCUUGUGUGGGGCACUACGGAAGCAAACCGUCCCUGCAUGAUGGUAAACUGUCUGUCCAGCGUUUUCAUCCUCAAGGAGCAAUCGUUACUGUCCGCUCACGCACGUGCCGUCUGGGCGACGCAGCGCAAAUCGAACGAACUGCUCGUCCGGCAUGCAAACGGACGGGAAGUCGUGCUGCACACGGACAUAUCGAUCAUCCAUCUCGCACUGAACGAGCUGCACGUGGUGGUAACGAAUGGACGAACGAUUGCCGUGUACCGGAUCGAGCAAACCGGUACGAUGCGCAGUACAACUGGACGUCUGGGAGCAACCGGCGGAACGUCCAAUGAAACCGUCAGUGGAGAGCUGGACACGAAUGCGUUGGUUGUUUCAUUUGUGGAUAGUUUUGCCGUCGAAUGUGUUGCUGUUUAUCUGUACGAGCAGAGCAUUGUGGCACUCGGUGCGGAGCAGGUGAAAAUUUACUCGCUGAGCGGUAUCGUUCUGCAGGAGAUUGUGUUCAACGGGAAUGAAGGUAAACCGAUCGGUGUAGAUCUGGUCGGUCCGUAUCUGACCGUCUUUACGCUGCACGGUUACAUACGGUUGUACGAUGUGUCACGGCACGAUAUCCGGCUAUUGCAACCGCCGAAGAAUGCGUACGAUCUGUUCGAGAAGUUUGGUGAAAUCAUUAUGGCACGUACGAACGCGAAUGGUACGUAUGUGGCGCUUACGAUUGCGAACGAACAGCUCCUUCCGGACGGUAAGCUGUACCUUUGGAAUCUGGAAAGCAAUGUACUUAGUUGGCGAGAAUUUCAUGCUCAGGAGCAGAACGGGCGUGUGCGGUGGUUGAAGCAAGGUACGGAUGGUACAUCAUCCAGCACGCACACCUGCUUGCCGGUUGGAUUUUUCUGGGACGCUGAAGACGCACGGCUGCUGGCGUGUGAAACGAAACCCUUGCCAAAGCAGCAACAGCCGUCGGUACGGGCGUUUCAACCUGACUCGCAAAUACACGUGCUGUUUGUGGAUGGGCAGAAAUCGGAACUGGCCGAGCUGGAGGUGUUGGAACCGGGUGUCGGCGGAGCGAGUGGGGCGGGUGAACAGCUGGAACUGAUUGGGUUGUGCGUGCCGCACCUGAUCGUGCUGCGCCGGAACGAUAUUGCGCGGCUAGCGUUGCGUGACUUUAAAGGGUUGGAUGCGUGCGAUCUAGCGACGCGCGAAAUGGUGCUUAACUUUAGUCUGAAUGUUGCGCAGGAAAAUAUGGACCAAGCGUUCAGCUGCAUUCGCUCGCUGCGGUCCGAUACGGUGUGGGCAAAUUUGGCCCGGCUGUGCGUACAAACGGGCCGGUUGGAUGUGGCGAAAGUUUGCCUCGGGCAUUUAAGACGUGCCCGGUCGGUGCGGGCAUUGCGCCGUGCGACGGAGGACGUAACGCUGGAACCGGAAGCGCGCAUCGCCGUGUUGGCCAUCGAGCUCGGGAUGAUGGAUGAGGCGGAAGCAUUGUACAAACGGUGCGGUCGGUAUGAUCUGCUGAACAAGCUGUAUCAGGCGGCGGGCCGGUUCGAGGAGGCACUGGAGGUGGCGGAACAUUUCGAUCGGGUUCACCUGCGCAACACGUACCAUCGGUACGCGGAGUGGCUGAAGGAGUGUGGCAAGACGCAGAAAGCGAUACAGUACUACGAGCGGACGAGCAGCCUGAUGCACAACAUCAGCCAGCUGCUGAUGGAUGAUCCGGCGGCACUGAAGCAGUACAUGCAGGGUACGUCCGAUCCGGAGCUGUUGCGGUGGUGGGCCCAGUACGUCGAAAGCAGCGGCGAUAUGGAGGGUGCGUUCAAGAUCUACCAGCGGUCGGGUGAUUGGUUCUCGCAGGUACGCAUCCUGUGCUUUAUCGGGCAGGUUAGCCGUGCGGAUGAGAUAGCGCGCGGUAGCGGUGAUCGGGCCGCCUGCUACCAUUUGGGCCGGUACUACGAGAACAGUGGCAAGCUGCAGGAAGCGAUCCAGUUUUACACCCGCGCCCAAACUUACGGUAAUGCGGUGCGCAUCUGCAAGGAGAACGAUCUGCCGGACGAUCUCUGGACGGUCGCAUGUACGGCGCGGGCACGCGAUAAAGCAUCCGCGGCAGCUUACUUCGAGGAGUCCGGCGACUAUCGGCGUGCGGUCGAACUGUACCACCGGGCCGGCAUGCUGCACAAAGCGGUCGAGAUGGCAUUCCGUUCACAGCAGCCGGAAUCGCUGCAGGUGAUCGCAUCCGAGCUGGAUGCAUCAUCCGAUCCGGAUCUGGUGGCGCGUUGUGCCGAUUUUUUCGUUGGCAUCGAGCAACCGUACAAGGCGGUACAGUUGCUUGCGAACGCCCGGCAACUGGCACGGGCGCUGGCGGUAUGUGCCGAACAUCGGGUACCGGUGACGGAAACGCUCGCCGAACUGCUAACCCCAGGGAAGGAGGAUCUGCCGGAGGGUGAGCGGGUAGCGUUGCUCUUGCGGUUGGGUGAUAUCCUCCAGGAGCAGGGUGAUUAUCAUGCGGCAACGAAGAAAUUCACCCAGGCGGGUGAUCGUGUACGGGCGAUGAAAAGUUUGCUCAAGUCCGGCGACACGGAUAAGAUUAUCUUUUUUGCCGGCAUGUCCCGCCAGAAGGAUGUGUACGUGAUGGCGGCGAACUAUCUGCAGGCGCUCAACUGGCAGAACGAUGCGAAGAUCCUGAAGAAUAUCGUGACGUUCUACACGAAGGGGCAGGCGUACAGUCAGCUGGCGAACUUUUACGCCAACUGUGCACAGGCGGAGAUAGACGAGUUCCGGGACUACGAUAAGGCACUGAACGCACUGGAGGAGGCUGUGAAGAGUUUGUCGCGUGCCUCACCGUCAGCGAAUUCAUCACAACCGGCUGCACUGGACGCACUGCAGCUAGCGAUGGCUGAGGUGAGACGUGUUAUCGAGCUGCAGGAUGCGACGGAACGGCGCGAGUACAGCAAUGUGAUCAAGCUCAUAAAGGUACGGCUAGAAGAGCGUCAAGAACCACCGCCUCCGGUACGUGUAUGGGAUCUACUAGCGCUGCUAGUCGAAUGUUUGGUAGCAACCGGGCAACACUCGGAAGCACUAUACUACGUCCGCGAGCUGGCAACACGGAAACCCGACUGGUACCAUCAAGAACUUCUGGAGAAGGCCGUACUGGAUCGUUUGGUGGCGGAAACGGGCGUCAAUCUCGAACCGUACGUCAACGUUGCGAAGGUGAAGCGUCCGACAACGGCCACCAUCUCCACGAUGAGUGACGACGAAGAAAUUCAGGAGGUGUUUGAGUAGAACGUUUCUUUAUCUAUCCUCAUUACAUACACUCAGCAGUGUACCACUUUUCCGUCCAAGGAGAUUAAAUUGUUAAGAUAUUUAUAUAUUUAUUUAGAAUAGAUGCACUUGCUGAACUUGUGAACUGCUUAGACAUACAGGCAUUAAACAUUCUUGCCAGACGAGAUAAGAGUGCCCUUUCAUGCAUACGUUA